UUCUGAUGACAAUGAUGAAGAUGAUGAUGAUUGGUUGAUGGUGAUUCAGACGAUGAUGAUGAUGAUGAUGAUGAUAAUGAUGAUGACGAUGGUAACGACGAUUAUGAUAAUGCUGCUCCUGGUGAUGAUGAUGAUUCCGGUAGAGAUGCAGCACGAUGAUGAUCCUAAUGAUAACGAUGGACGAUCCCAAUGGCAACGAUGAUGAUGAUGAUGAUGAUGAUGAUGGUGAUGAUAACGAUGGUGGUGAUGAUGGUGGUGAUGAUGAUGAUGAUGAUGAUGAUGAUGAUGAUGAUGAUGAUGGGCAAAACAGAUGCGGGCAGCUAGUGAUUACAGCUUUUUUUUGGGGAAUCGCAGAGUACGAUGCAAAGUCUUGGAUGGUUCUGAAGGUGAUAUCCUGCCUUGCUCAAAGGCUUCACUGUGAAGGUUACAAGAGAAUGGUGCAUGAUCGAGGAGGUAGUCCUCAAACAGAGGGAACAGAGGAUGCCAACGAGGGAAUCCCAUAUCAUAUGGAAGAGCAGGAUAACAAUGCUCAGCAUGAACGAGAGAUUUUGUCUGCAGUGCGGACCAUCCUUGGUCGUGCGGAAUUGCUUGACGUCUCAUUUCUCUGCAAGGAUGGGCUGGUGCGUGCAAGUCGGACGUUAUUGGCAAGUGGGAGCAAGUACUUCUCUAAGUUGCUGUACGGGGAUAUGAAGGAGAGAUCAAUGGGCACUAUACCCCUUCCCACUGCAAAGGCAGGCGCUGUGCAGAUUGUUGUCAAUUACCUGCACGGCCAUCCGAUUAGGUGGAGCAGCGAUGACAGGUGCUGGGAGGAUCUGGUUGAAGCAUACUGUUUGGCCUCUCAGUAUCAGAUCACCAACUUGUGCGAAGGGAUCUUACUGUUGCUGCGCAGGGUUACUCAAGCUCGAGAACUUGGCGAUCUGCUAAAUGCAGCAACCUCAAGGGAUGCAGAGGAAGUGCUAAGUGCUGCAUUGAAAGUAAUGAAUGAAGUGUUGGUCUUCGAUUCAACAUCAUUCCUGGGCUGGAGCAAGGAAAGCAUCACAUACUGCUUGGAGAAUGCGAUCACUGAGACGAUGGUCGUAGAGGCCGUUCUCUCUGCCGCGUCCGACAACUGUAGCUCUGUUUCUAAGCAGAAGAACUCUCACAUUCUGCCUGAGAUAGGCAAUUCCGCUACGAAGAAGUUGGAGGACGCUGUCGGGUCAGAGAAUGUGAUAUUACGCAGUUGUCAAGAAGCUGGGGAAACACUGAAGAAAUCUGAUGCAAGGAUAAGACGUUCGUUGUCCAGGGAGGACUUGCGGGAAAUAUUGGAAUAUCACAUCAACCUUGCAUUCGUUGACGCCCUGUUUGUGACCAGGAGGAUCGAGCCACUGGAAGUCUUACGGCCAGAGGUACUCUAUGCAGUGUACAGAGUGCAUGCUGUUUGCUUCGCUGGAGGAUGGCCAAUUAAAUCUCUCUUCAUGAUACCCUGGCGUUCUCUAUGUCCCAGGGUGUCAUUUACAGCUGUAAAAGUCGGCCAAGAUGGAAUUUGCAAGGCUUACACAGAGGUCUUAAUCCCAUCUCUCUGGGCGUAUUCAAGAUCAUGGUUCUUCGUCUCGGAGAAGCUGGUUCAGCGAGUGCGAUGCACAUCUCUAGGGACUGGUUCGAAUCCGGCAAGGAUGAAUUUACCUCUUCUAAGUGGCAAGCACAUUUGGAUGGUUCGAUCUCUAGAGCACUGUAAAGAUUUUGGACUUGGUGUAAGUUCCUCAACUAAUUCAGUCCGUCUCCUUUGUGGCCGGUGGGGAAACAGAUAUUUGAGUGUCGCUCGGAGAAGCACGGAUGAAAAGAGCAAAACUGUCAGGCAGGAAUUGUCACAGGAGGUUCUUCGUUCAUCCGGACUUGAGACGUUCAGUAAAUGUGGUUCUGUGUUUGUAAUCUUGGACAUGAAUAAGAAAUCACUGAGUUUUGCUGAUGAACUAGCACGCUACAUUACGUGUGAAGGAGAAUAUCCUGAAGCCCUUGUUGACCUUCCAUGCGAUACUGCAUUGCACCCAGUCUUGUACAUGACCAAUCCUGGUUGUGCAGAGAUAGAAUGGAUCCAAAGUUCCCCCCGUGCACAGCCCACCUGUCCAGGCUUAAGGGAGUCGCAAUGUGAGAGUUGAUCUCGAUCGUCCUUCAUGAUCAUCGCCGAUGGGCAGAUUUCUAACUGAUUCCAGCAAUGAGGGAGACAACAGUUACUGUGCCAUGAAGUGA